ACCUUUUUGUUGAUUACAAACGCUUCAAAAAUUAGGCUUCAAAAUGGCGUUGAGAAAAACUUUGGUUGGAAUUUUUGGCCUAAUUUUCACGAUUGUGGCUUUCAUAUGCCUGCUUGUGUCCUUCGCUACCCCGAACUGGAUCGAAUCUUUCACGGAUCGGUCCAGGGAAUUUGUCAAAAUGGGGCUUUGGGAAGCCUGCUUCAAUGACUGGACGUACUAUAAGGAUUAUUUGGGAAAAAGGUAUCAUGGAUGUUGGUGGAUAUUUUCGUUCGAAUAUCGUCCAGUGUGGUCCUACUUGAACCCACCAUGGUUGUUGGCGAUCCAGGUUCUGUUGACUAUUGUCUUCAUGAUGCAGAUGAUCACCAUUUUGUUUGUGGUUUUCUACUUCCUACACGUCUGUCCGGUUGCCAAGGAGAAGAAUUAUGUUUACGCUACAACAGGAAUGAAUUUUGUUUCUGGUCUGGUAAUAGCUAUAUGUACUAUCAUUUUUGGAGUGAAAGCUGAAGUAGAUCGCCAAUGGCUGCCCCAUCCCGAUUCAAACUUCCUGUCCUGGUCGUUCGGAUUCGCCGUCCUUUCGGGAUUCUUCAGUUUAUUCGGAGGAAUGUGCCUACUCGUGGAAUCGCUGCGUCUGUCUGUGGAAUCUCAGAGAAACAGACGGGAAGCUGUGUAUGGGAUGAAACAAUAUGGAGGUCGUUACUAGGACAACCGUUUUGGACAUUUUUUAAAAUUCAUAUCAUUUUAACUCUUUUACCCUCGAUAUGUAGGAUAAGAAGAUUUUAUAUAAAGCAGGACCAGAAAAUAAUAUAAAGCGGGACCAGAAAUAAGAUUUUAUAUAAAGCGGGACCAGAAAAUAUGAUUUUAUAUAAAGCGGGACCAGAAAAUAUGAUUUUAUAUAAACCAGGACCAAAAAGUAAUAUAAAGCGGGACCAGAAAAUAUGAUUUUAUAUAAAACGGGACCAGAAAAUAUGAUUUUAUAUAAACUGGGACCAGAAAAUAAGAUUUUUAUAUAAACCGGGACUAGAAAAUAUGAUUUUAUAUAACUCGGAAAAUACCAUCUCAUAAAUAAUCUUUUUUUCUGGUCUUUUGGACGUCAUCUUCGAUCAAAUUUCAUAAAAAAAAUUCCGCAAGAUUUUUACAUUCCAAAAUUUCUAU